CGACUGCGCGAAGGAGGAGGUGCUCAAACCUUGUUGGUUAAAGCCAAGCGGAACUUCUUGCAAGCCCUUUGGCAAAGCCAAACUGCUGCUAAAUCCCCUGGUCCGUGGCAGGUCCGGGCGGCUGGCAGCCCAGCUGAGUGACUUUCUGGGUCACAGUAACCCCAGGGAGACCCGGUUCUGUGCCCGCAGGCAGCGCGAGGAGCAUUCUUUUGUGGACUAAUUCUGGUUUUCCACUGCCAGCUUUCACGAAGGACUUAUCGUCCUGCAUUGAGGUUGAUUUGGGUUUCCUGGGACAAUUCAAACUCUAAGUCUCUCGGUGGCUCAGAGGGACCGGUUUUGUCCCAUAUUGUGAGAUGGUAUGGAAACACUGGUUGUGUUUACCUGCUGGGUGAAAGGGAGGUGGAUGGGAAUGGAGGCCCUGCUGCAAGGAGGGGAUGAGCGUGUGCUCCAGCACCACCGACCCUCCAUGCUGGCCCUGCCACCAGCUCGGAGAGGACCAGACUGGACCCAGAUCAACACCCCGGCCUCACGCAGGAGCUUGUGUUCCCGUCCUGGGAUGGGUGAGGCUAUCCCAGGACAUCUCGUACCCUCUGUAAUCCACAAUUGCCUCUUGUGCUUCCUUGCUAGAUUCCCGGGAACAAAAUGACAGUUUCAAACUUGGCCACAGUCUUUGGCCCCAACAUCCUUCAGAAGGAGAAGCCUGGGGAGAAAGACGCCGGUGCCGUGAACUUUGAAGACAGCGCUGCCAUCAUACUGGUGCUCCAGAGGCUGAUUGAGCACUACCAGACCCUGUUCACGGUCUCUGCAGAAAUGCAACGCGACGUCCUGAGGAGGCUGUUUCAGACGGACCCCGAUGUCAUCGACUACCUCUUGCGCAGGAAGUCCAGCGCCACGCCGUGAGUCCCCGCGAGGCGCAGGGCUGCUGGACUGUGUGUGCCCACCUACGCAGCUCUCGUCCCGCUGCGCCCCACACCCCUCCGCUGCUCGGCCUCUCAGGAGCCCACGCUGACGCCUGCUCCAUUUUCUGCUCCAUCACUUGCCAU